AUGAGCAGCAGCAAUAGCAGCAGCAGCAACACAGCAGCCAGCAACAGCGGCGGCUCAGGGGCCCCCAGCAGCGCGGGCGUUGUCAGCGGAGGUCCCAGCUACCUACCCCUCGCCCUAGUGGACAAAUGUGUGGGCUCUCGUGUUUGGGUUAUAAUGAAAGGAGACAAAGAAAUCGCAGGAACUCUCAGGGGUUUCGACGACUACGUCAACAUGGUGCUGGACGACGUGACUGAGUUUUCAUUCACAGCUCAAGGGGUGAAGAAAACUCACCUAGAGACAAUUCUUCUUAACGGAAAUAACGUCAGCAUCUUGGUACCCGGAGGUGACCCUGAGGAGGCCCAAAACGCUUCGGCUCCUGCGGAGGCAGCGCGCAGCUAG